AUGGGUAAGCCUCAGAGAGAAGAGCAAAACUACACCAAACAACCAUUUCUACUGUCAACCGACGACAUUCUCCAGCACCUCCAAACCAACACAGAUUCAGGCCUCACGUCAGCUCAGGUCAAGCAAUACCAAGAGAAAUAUGGAACCAACAAGCUUGAUGGAGAUGGAGGCAUACCUUGGUAUGCCUUGCUCAUGAAGCAGAUUGCUAAUGCCAUGAUCCUGGUAUUGCUUCUCGCCAUGGCCUUAGCUUUUGGAGUCGAGGACUACAUUGAGGGCUCUGUCAUUACCGCAAUCAUUGUAGCCAAUGUUCUCAUUGGUUUCUGGCAAGAAUUCAAAGCCGAGAAAAAGAUGGAUGCCCUCCGAUCGCUCUCAUCUCCAUCGGCCGCUGUGGUGCGAGAUGGCAAUGAAAUCACUAUUCCCUCAGCCGAGGUUGUGCCUGGUGAUAUAGUCUCCAUCAAAGUCGGCGACACUGUGCCAGCAGACCUUCGUAUGUUCGACGUCAUGAACCUGGAGUGUGAUGAAGCCAUCUUGACCGGGGAAGCUCUCCCAGUGGCCAAAGAGGUCGAAGCCCUGGACAAAGAAGAACUCGGCCUUGGAGAUCGACUGAAUAUUGCGUACUCUUCCUCGGCAGUCACAAAAGGCCGCGGACGAGGAGUUGUCGUUUACACUGGUAUGUCGACGGCUAUCGGAGGGAUCGCCGCCUCUAUGCAGAAGACGCGUCGCAAGCCCAACCGAUCUAUGUCCCGCAAGAAGUACGGAACAAUGCAGCCUAUCAAAGGCGGCGCUCUACGCACCUGGGACGGCGUUGGCAAAUUUCUCGGACUGACCUCAGGCACUCCUUUGCAAAUCAAGCUGAGCAAGCUAGCCUACACGUUGUUCGGAUGUGCUCUCCUGCUGGCCAUCAUCGUGUUUGGUGUGAACAGAUUCAAUGUAACAAAUGAAGUGGCUAUUUACGCCAUCUCUACUGGGAUCGCAAUCAUCCCAGAGGCUCUUAUCGCCGUCCUAACGAUUACAUUUGUCGUCGGUAUGACCGCCAUGCGCAAACGAGCGGUCGUUGUUCGACAGCUAAGCGCCUUGGAAGCACUAGGGGGCGUCACAAACAUCUGCUCCGACAAGACAGGCACCCUUACCCAAGGAAAAAUGGUCACUCGCAAGGCUUGGAUCCCUGGAACCGGAAUUUACAGCGUUGAGAAGUCCAACAAUGCUUCUGAUCCUACGGAGGGCACCGUUGUCUUUGGCACCGCCCCGAAGUCCAGAAAAGAAGUGGACGCUGCGAAAGCUGCCCGCGAAGAGGAGCUAGAUGCCAAGCGCAGUGUUGCGGCCAUUUCAUUCGACGUACCAAAGGAGAAGCUCGACAAAGCUGCCGACAAAGGAGACGAGACCCCGGAAGACACUGAGAAACCCAUUGCGGAAGAUCCCGAAGUCACAGCCGAGCUACAGGCUUUCCUCGAAGGCGCUGCCCUCUGCAACUUGGCUACGGUUCGUCUGGUCAUGGAAGAGAACCAGCAGCGUUGGAAGACAGCCGGCGACCCCACCGAAAUCGCCUUGCAAGUAUUCGCCACUCGAUUCAACUACGGCAAGCCCGAAUUGGAGGGCAGCGUGGGCUGGAAGCAAGCUAUGGAAUACCCGUUCGACAGCACAAUCAAGCGUAUGACUGUCGUAUACAACCGACCGGGUCUUGACGAGUCCGUAAUCUACACCAAAGGCGCCGUUGAGCGAGUUAUCGACCUGUGCACCUCGUCUGGUGUGGGCGAGCACAAUCAGCCCAUGACUCCGGAAUUGAAAGAGGGCAUUCUCGAACAAAUGACCCUCCUUGCCGAGCAAGGCCUACGUGUACUCGCCGUGGCACGCAAAUUCACCAAGGCAAACAUUGCCGAACAUGACGACACUCCGCGCAGUGAGGUCGAACAAGACCUUUGCUUGCUCGGUCUGGCUGGGCUCUACGAUCCGCCACGGCUCGAGACGAAGGCUGCUGUGCAAGCUUGCGCAACUGCAGGCAUAGAGGUCACAAUGCUUACAGGCGACCAUCCUUCCACGGCGACUGCCAUUGCGAAGGAAGUUGGCAUCAUUCCAAAGAACUUUGGAACCCUUUCUCCUGACGUUGCAGCGUCGAUCGUCAAGACAGCUAUGGAGUUUGACAAGAUGACGGACGAGGAAAUUGACGCCAUGCCUACCUUGCCAUUGGUAGUUGCCCGAUGUGCUCCAGAGACCAAAGUGCGUAUGAUCGAAGCCUUGCACCGGCGACGGAGGUUCUGUGCCAUGACUGGUGACGGCGUGAACGAUUCUCCUUCUCUGAAGCUAGCUGACGUGGGCAUUGCUAUGGGACUCAACGGCAGCGACGUCGCCAAGUCUGCUUCCGAUAUCGUCUUGACGGAUGACAACUUUGCCUCUAUCGUAAACGCAGUUGAAGAAGGCCGCCGCAUGUUCGACAACAUCCAGCGUUUCAUUUUACACCUUCUCACCUCCAAUGUCGGCGAAGUUAUCCUCCUCAUCUGUGGUCUUGGCUUCCAGGACGACAACGGUUACUCUGUCUUUCCAUUAUCACCCUUACAGAUUCUCUGGAUCAACAUGCUUACGUCGUCCUUCCCUGCGUUCGGCCUCGGCCGGGAAAAGGCAGCGCCAGAUGUCAUGGAGCGCCCACCGCACGACAACCGCAAAGGCGUCUUCACGUGGGAACUUAUCACCGAUAUGCUCGUCUACGGCACGAUCCAAGGCACGUGCUGCCUCAUGACGUUUGUGCUGAUCGUCUACGGACCGGGUCCCGAUGGCCUAGGCGAGAACUGCAACAAGAGCGACAACGCGACCUGCGACGUUGUGUUCCGAGCCCGUGCCGCCGUAUUUGCGGAAUUGACAUGGCUGAUCCUGGUCUCGGCAUGGGAGCUUAAAGCCAUGCGUCGGAGCAUGUUCCGCAUCAACCCGCACGACACGCACCCGUUUCCCGUCUUCAAGGACCUGUGGGCCAACCAAUUCCUGUUCUGGUCGGUGGUCAUCGCCGGAGCCUCGGUUUUCCUGGCCAUCUACAUCCCUGGUCUUAGCAACGCGGCGCUCAAACACAAGGGCAUCACGUGGGAGUGGAUCCCCUGCGUGGUGUGCCUGUUCAUCUUCGUCGCGGGGAUGGAAUGCUGGAAAUGGAUCAAGCGAUCUUUCCACCUGUUUGAAGCGGAAGAGACGGAGGGCAUGAAGGCAAAGCGCCGUGCAGGUGGCAGCCGUUUGGGUCUGAGACAGGGCUUCUUUACUAUGGCCAGGAGUUUUACCAAGUCGAGGAGCGAGGAGAAGAGUGUGAGGAGCUUAAGCGGGGUGACGGCGGCGGAGAAGGGUCCCGAGUCGGGCUUGAGGGAGAAGAAUGGAAGUGGGAGUGAUGAUAGCAGGGGAGAAGUUAGAGCUAUGCCGCCUGUGAGGGAGGAGGUAUGA